CAACUGCACUGCUCCCACUCAAAGUUCCUCGAUGAAACUUCACCAUUUCUGGCCCUUUAGGCACUUUGGACAGCAGCACUCUCACUUCCCAGACAUCAAGUGUCAAUUGGCUGUGUCGCUCCCUCGUCCAACCUUCGGUGCCACCAUCAACACUGGUCCGGUCCUCCAGUCAUCCCUCCUUGAACACCAAGAAGGCCUGGAGCUCUCUCGGCUUGCCUGAAAAAGUGCUUUAUCUCUGCCUAGGAAGUCUUCUAUUGACAUGGGCUAAAUAUUAACGCGUCUUGGACUGGAUAUCAGCCUUGCCUCGGUAGGCAACUUGUCUCCUGCUACCUCCUUACGAACCCGUGUCGCGGUUUGUGCGUCCAUAUCGACAAAGAACAUUCCAACUUCCGAGCCCUUGAUCUCGGUGCCAUCACAAUCUCCUCAUUUCGCCAGUGUCAUCACCUAAAUCAGGGAGACCAUCGCAGACACUCCGUCUCCAUAUCUCGCCUUCCCAACAUUCUUGGACCGUGUCAAUUGGGGGUGGUCAGCGGAAAAUAAAAGUCACGUGCUUUGACCAUGGCCCAGGCAAGGCUUCACUCAUCCUCACCGUUCUCAGCCAGAGACAGCCCCAGAGGUCGUCGGACCGACGACAGCCCGUCCAGGCAACUACAAUGGGAACUGGAACGUGCUCUCAGCCAAAUCCAUCUGCACGAGAUUGAGCGCUCCAAACUUCACGCCUAUCAGAAACGCCAACAGCAGGAAGAGCUUGAUGCUCGGGAAUCAGCGCAAGCGGAGGCUCACCGGAUAGAGCUCAAUGCCGCGAAAGCUCAGCAUGAAGUCGUACGGAAACAGGCCGAGGCGGUCCUCCAGGCCUACAUCAAGCAGGAAGAAGAGGAUCGUCAGAGACGUGAAGAAGAGGAGCGGAGGAGAUUAGAGGAGGAAGAAAGACGGAGGAAGGCAGAGGCAGAGGCAAAGGCGCAAGCCCAGGAAAGGGAACAAGCACGUAAACGGGCCGAAGAGGAGCGAAGAGCCCGUGAAGAGAACGAGCGCCGGGAACGCGAAGAGCGUGCCCGCCAAGAAGCGGAACGUCAAGCAAAGCAAAAGGCUGAAGAAGAGGAAAAAGACCGAAGGGAGAAGGCCGCGGCCGAGCAGAGGCAACGAGAGGAGAAAGCUAAAGCGGAGCAAGAAGCUGCACUGCGGAAACAAGAAGCUGAGAAAGCUGCUGCAGCCAAAGUUUCAACACCUCAACCCGCCGCCCUUGGCCCAGGCAAAGACAUCAGUCGGGCAUCAGAGGUCGAGGCACAACAUGCCAACUACCUAGUUCUCCACAAGAAGCUGAAAAAGUUCCGUGCCGACUUCUGGGUCGCGGCCAAGAAGGAUCCUGGCUUGAAGCCCCAUGUCGGAGACAUGCGACGGGCCAUUCGAACCAGCGUGGGCCAGUUGACAGAUGACAAGGCUGGCAACAAGAAGGCACAUGACCGAGUCAGAUCUACAUUGCAGCAGGCUCUCAAGGAUCGGCCGUCACCUCCCGUUUCUGUGAGCGAGUACCUACCGACACACCUCAACCUGGGCGACAAUGGCACGACAACGAUCCCGUCGCUUGCGCUGUACCUUCUCUCCAUCUUCAGUAAGGCUGUAAUCAGUGGGUUUGUGGGUGAGUGUGCCGUCAACCCCAAGGCGGCCGAACCCAUUGGCACGCUGGUUGCACAGAUCUUCUCGAUGCCUGAGCUACAAUUCCCACGAAAUGUCCCAUCCACAGCCGACCCAUCACAGCUUUCCAAGCCGACCAGCGUCUCCCUCAUUUCCAUCCUGAUGAGCAAAUUCCACGCCACGGCGCCGAUACUUUUCGGGAUCUACGGGCGCGAAUCCACUGCCGCUGGCAAACACCGACUCGGCUGGCGUCUUGAUAGAAUCACAGACGACCCCGACUCGAAGAAAGCGUUUGUGAAUGAAAACAAGCACUAUGACCGUCUCACAGGUCUCGGGGUGGGCUACGCCUCGAUCGCUCUCCGCAACUUUUCGAAAGCCAAGGUCUCCAACCCCUGGCCGCCGGUGCAUUAUUGGGCCAGUCUCGCGCACAUUGCCAAUACGCCUCCACAAGAGGUGCAGACCAGCCAUCUGGUCUUGUUGAAGAGCAUGCUCGAGAACAAUGCGAUCGAAAGGUUCGUGUUGUUUUUCGGGGCGGCGGGCAUUGCCGCCUUGAGGCAGGUGGCAGUAGACUUCCCCAGGACGCUACCGAAAGAAUUGCAAGAAAAGCCAGCGACAAAGACGUUGGUGUUGAUGGUUGAGGGGUGGAAGAAGGAGAAACACUUCUCGCUUGCGUAGCGACGUGCGAGGACGAGCGCUGGAAGUGUGAUGAACAUGAUGCGGUUGCAACAGACGACUUGGGCGUGGGAGAAAGAAGACGCUCAAUGUGGAUUUUGCAAAAUCAGCCCACCGUGCGAACGCUGAUCAGGUCCUGCGACGGAUGAGCGAGACAUGGGAAGGACGAACGCUAGCUUGGGCAGUCGAGAAACAACACACUCGGUCCUUGAACGGGGGAACCCUCAGCGUCACAGAAUAUAGACCACUGUCUGGAAGACUUGUUCCUGUUCUGGACUCCAACAUACGCAAGUCUUUCUUAGUGACGUUCAUGAGCCACUUCUUAUGCAAGGAGAAGCCGAAGAUAGAGGAGCAGAGAGGCUGAACAGAUCUCGCCCAUCCUUAUGAAUCCAUCUCCUAUCGGGCCCAUUCAUAGAUGAUAAGUCCACCACCUACGAGUAGUUUAUAAAAAGCCCCGAGUAGCCGUUGGAACAACG